AGUGGUACUGCGCCUGCGCAAUGUGAGGAGUCCUUGGCUGGUCGGCCUGCUGUAGGUGACUGAUCCUGUGAGGGGACACAGACAAAAUGCAGAGCUGGACUCAGUUAUACCGCUCUCUGGCCACGCGGAGCCACCACCUCCCAUGCAAACUGCAUGGUGCUGCAGCUCUGUCGGUCAGGACUUAUGCCGACAAAGCAGCAAUUGAUGCAGAUGUCACAGUAGUGGGCUCUGGUCCAGGCGGUUAUGUUGCUGCCAUCAAAGCGGCACAGCUCGGCUUCAAGACAGUUUGUGUUGAGAAAAAUGCCACACUGGGUGGAACCUGUCUGAAUGUCGGCUGUAUCCCCUCGAAGGCGCUGCUCAACAACUCUUACCUGUACCAUCAGGCUCAUGGAAAGGACUUUGAAAACAGAGGCAUUGAAAUUUCAGGUAUCUCAUUGAAUCUGGAGAAGAUGAUGGCUCAGAAGAGUGGGGCAGUGAAGGCUUUGACUGGAGGAAUCGCACAUCUAUUCAAACAGAACAAAGUGACUCAUGUUAAUGGUUUUGGGAGGGUGACCGGGAAGAACCAGGUGACGGCCACAGCAGCAGAUGGAAGCGAACAGGUCAUCAACACCAAGAACAUCCUCAUCGCUACUGGCUCUGAGGUCACGCCUUUCCCAGGGAUUCAGAUUGAUGAGGAAUCCGUCGUGUCAUCAACUGGAGCUCUGUCUCUGAAGAAAGUCCCAGAAGAGCUCAUCGUCAUUGGCGCUGGUGUCAUCGGUGUGGAGCUGGGGUCAGUAUGGCAGCGUCUGGGCUCUAAGGUUACAGCUGUGGAGUUUCUUGGUCAUGUUGGAGGCAUGGGCAUCGACAUGGAGAUAUCCAAGAACUUCCAACGCAUCCUGCAGAAACAGGGCCUGAAGUUCAAACUCAGCACCAAAGUCAUGGGGGCCACCAAGAGACCUGAUGGCAAGAUUGAUGUGGCCGUGGAGGCAGCAGCUGGAGGGAAGAACGAAACUCUGACGUGUGAUGUGCUGCUGGUCUGUAUCGGCAGACGACCUUUCACUCAGAACCUGGGCCUGGAGUCGGUGGGCAUCGAGCUGGACAACAGGGGCCGCAUCCCCAUUAACAACCGCUUCCAGACCAAAGUACCCAGUAUUUAUGCAAUCGGUGAUGUGGUCGCUGGACCGAUGUUGGCCCACAAAGCUGAAGACGAGGGCAUCAUCUGUGUGGAGGGCAUGGCUGGUGGCGCCGUGCAUAUUGAUUAUAACUGUGUUCCCUCCGUCAUCUACACACAUCCAGAGGUGGCCUGGGUGGGCAAGACGGAGGAGCAGCUCAAAGAGGAGGGUGUUCCAUACAGAGUCGGAAAGUUCCCCUUCGCAGCCAAUAGCAGAGCUAAAACUAACGCUGACACUGACGGCAUGGUGAAAAUUCUCAGCCACAAGGAGACAGACAGAAUGCUGGGAGCUCACAUCCUCGGAUCUGGAGCAGGAGAGAUGAUCAACGAAGCCGCUUUGGCGAUGGAGUAUGGAGCUUCCUGCGAGGACGUUGCCAGAGUCUGCCACGCACAUCCUACGGUGUCGGAGGCUUUCAGAGAAGCCAACCUGGCCGCCUCCUUCGGCAAAGCCAUCAACUUCUGAUCCUUCAGCCGCUGUCGCACCUUCAGUGUACAUAACAGACGAGAAACGGGAAACUGUGUCUGCGUCAAAACCCUCUGUGUACAACAACACUGUAUCACAAUUAGUUGUAAUGUUAUUUAAAUGUUCUCUAUAAAAUAAUAAAGGGGGUUUGGGCAGUAAAUACUGACUGCAGUCAGUGUUUUUGUUUAAAACGACCAGAGUUUAUUAUGCAUUUCUUUCCAGUACAUAGAGCUAUAAAAGUUAUUGUUUGGGCUGGAUGGAUGGGGUUUUAUAGUGUGAAUGAAUGGAGUAUCUCAACUCAGCAGGUUGGUUUUCAUGCAUGAUCUGAACAGAAAACAACCUGCUCCAACAUUUAAAGGUUAAAUUCACACUAAAAGUUGCUCGUCAUGAAUCAAAACUCAUUAAGCUUCUGGCCUCCCUUCCUGUUGUGCAUCACUGCAAGUUUUUAGAAAAAGAAAGAAUACAUUUGAAAGGGAAUAAACAUUUAAGACUAUAUGGAAACAGAGUGAACCUUGAGUUGAGCUUAUUGUGUGAAUUUGUAAAUUUAGCUUUAAACCUGAAAAUGUUAAGAUCCUCAUUUUGCAAAUAUUUCCCUCCCUGACAUAACACUAUAGAGGACUGAGAAAGGCUGAAACAUUCAGAUUUUGAAGAGCUGCUUAUAGUUUCUGGUUUGGGUUUCUUUUGUCAUUACUCCACUGUCAGCUGCUCUGGCUAUUCUUGCAUUUCCAACCAAUAAACACAGUUUCAUUUGAAUAA